UAUCCUAUUUUUGACUUGAUUUCCUCCUUAUUACUAAUAACAUCUAUUUUGGGGCAAUACAUUCUAGAUGAAAAGUUUCAAACAUUCUAAUUUCCCAUUCAGAUACAUAACAUAUAUUUAGAGUAAAGAACAAAGUGGAUUGCUAUAAUGGUAAUGGCUCUAAAAUUUAGAUCAAUAGCCAAACUUAUUGGAUAUUUUCAGUAAAGUCUAAUUGCAUGUCAAUCAAUUCUGGAGUUCCUGAAGGUUCCAUUACCCCUAGAUAUGGGUGUCCACGGUUGGGAAUCGUUACCAGAGCAAAUGUGGCGUGUCUAAAACCUUUUAGGAGAUAAAUUAUGCUGAGUUUUAAUGUAUUUUUUAUUCUUAUAUAUGUGUUUGAAACUUUUCCUUUGUUUACGGACGGUAAAAUACCAGGGAAUAUUUAUUACGGAAGAAAGGCCAAUGUGACUUCAGUGUUAUCACAACUGAGUCCUUUCGGACUGCAACAGUGUGUUCGAUCAUGUUUUCUCGAGGGACUUUGUCAAUCUGUGAAUUAUAAUAGAAAUCAACUGACUUGUUAUCACAUCAAUCAGGAUUUAGACCCCGAAUCCCUUCACAGUGACAGUGAUUUCAUUUUUAUAAACAACAUCACAGGAACUCAGGCUCUGAUGAAAGAAUGCGUUCAAAAUAGUUGUCUUCAACAAGAGUCUUGUGUAGUUUUGAAAAAAACAACAACCUGUAUAAAGACUGUUUGUCGACAUGGUAUGUAUACAUUUUAUGAGAAGACCCAGUCUUGUCUGAGGAUCGUUAACGCCCCUGUGUUAAACUGGACGGCAGCGGAAGUAUUCUGUCAACGUGACGGUGGACAUCUAGUGUCAAUAGAUACAGAAAACAAAACCAGUCUGGUCACAGAACUAAUAAACUCUGGCCUUGGAUCCAGCGUGAUCCGAUUUUGGAUUGGCCUUAGUGACCGGGAGACGGAAGGGACCUUUAAGUGGGUCACUGGGCAUCCUCUGGUAUAUUCUAACUGGAACCCUGGUCAACCCAACGAUUACUACAACAAAUGUGUGACGAAUUCGUCCGACGCGGACUGCGCCAUCACAAGAACAGAUGGCAGAUGGGCUGAUGACUGCUGUGAAACCCCUCAUGGAUUUAUCUGUGAAAUCAUUUGAAGACAUUCUACAAACUAUACACAAUUAAGUAAACACAACUCUUUGGAGA